AUGAGGUGUGGCUCCAAGACUCCCACAGAAGGCAGUCGCCCAGCUGUUACUCGCCUAGAUCUCAAAGAGGAGAUGCAGGAGCAGCUGGAUGCUUUCCGGAGGCAAGUCGUUGAGGACAUUGGUGCGCGGUUGCAGGACGUUCUGUCGAUGCCGGACAAGCCGCCACCUCCAUGGCUCGGCAAGACAAGGAAGGAGUCCGACACUUUGGCUCGACCUCCAGACCUGACAAGCCCAGAGCAUUGCGCCGAUGACGAGGACUUGGCUGAGAUCACAAAGAAGGGCUUCAGGAAAAACAUUGAAACAAGUGCAGCUGCAGCAAUGGAGUCCAUGAUUCAAAGCCGGAGCCGUGGCGAGUACUCUCGGGUGUCUGGCGAGGAGGACUUGCUCUUGGUAGCCAGCCAGGACAACCAAGGUGCCCUGCAGAUGAGGCAGCAGCUUGCGCAAGAUCCUGGCAGAAGUUGGCUUGAGGAGAAUGAAGCACCGUUCUCUUCGAGCCGACAGCUUUGCUGCGCUGGGCAAACUGGAUGGCCAGGAGAGAGCCUCAUGCCAAGGAUCAAAGGUUUCAUGGAGUCUGACAGCUUCGGAUAUGUCAUCACUGCGCUGGUGAUGGUGAACGCCAUUCUUAUCGGUUUCCAGACAGAUUACACGGCUCGGCGCGGAGGCGGCGGCAAAAUGCCUGGCUCGAAGCUGUUGGGACAGAUAUUCUGCUAUGUCUUCACCGCCGAAGUGGCCAUGAGGAUCGUUGUUUCUGGCUGCCGGGACUUCUUCACGGGUAGCGACUGGAGGUGGAACAUCUUCGACUUUCUGGUGGUUGGGCUGCAGUGGGCUGAAGAGGUUGUUGAUGCGAUUUCCGCUGGUACUGGCCAGGGCCACGUGCUGAACCUUGGUUUCCUACGUAUUCUCAGAACACUGCGCGUGGUUCGCAUCAUGCGCCUUGCUCGUGUUCUUCACUUGGUUGUUGAGCUCCGUACCAUGGUCUCUUCCAUCGUGGCAUCUUUGAAGCCACUGUUUUGGGCUACAUUGCUUUUCUCCAUGCUGAUCUACGCAGUCGCUGUGGCCAUGACACAAAUGGCAAAUGAGUUUCGGGCUGAAAAUGGCGAGGUGGAUACCGAGCUGAACAGGUAUUUCAGCAGCCUGGGUACGGCCGUCUUGGCGCUCUGGGAGUGCAUCUCCGGUGGCAUGGACUGGCAGGACCUUGCGCAGCCAAUGAUUGAGGACAUCUCUCCACUUAUGGGUGUGUUCUUUUCUGCGUAUGUUGCUUUUUCUGUACUGGCCAUGAUGAACGUCAUCACCGGCAUUUUUGUGGACAAUGCUAAGACCUACGCACAGCAUGACAAGGACACGUAUGUGGUGCGGCACGUGCUCAACCUCUUCAAGCAGACUGAUUUGGGUGAAGUGAGCGCGAUUGAUUGGAUUGACUUUCAGGCCAAGCUGGACACGCGUGAGUUGCAGGAGCUUUUUGCUGCCGUGGAAGUGGACGUGGCAGAUGCGAGGAGUCUCUUCAAGCUUAUUGACACGGACAACAGCGGUAGCGUCACGCCGGAUGAGUUGAUGCGAGGCUGGCUUCGCCUGCAGGGUCCAGCGAAGGCAUUGGACUUGUCCCUCCUCCUGCGUGACUCCACAAGAAACUUUGACUCCAUUCAGAGGCAACUACAUGACCUCCGUGUGGCCGUGUCGUGGCUUCUCCGAUCAAUGGAGGCCAGCUUGUUCCCCGAUGAUCCAACAUCUCCUCGGCUUGAGUGCCGUGUCAUUGUCUGGCAAAACGUCUGGCAUGCUCCAGUGGACCUGCUGAACGAACCCGUGAGGUCUUUCGCAUUGACGCCGGACCCUGGUCCAGAUUCCAGGAAGGGUCGCCUUCAACCGCCGUCUCCUGUGGGCUGGACAAGUCCGCCUGUGCCGGCGUCUCGCCAUUCGGGUUUUGGUCUUUUUCCGGAGCGUGGUGAUGAGACGCACAGCUACAAAUACCAGGUGUUACCACAAAGCUGA